UUUGUGUGUGUGCGUGUGCUGUGCAAUACCUUUAUAAAAUUCUCUACAGUGUUAUAGCAGAUGGUUGGAAUGCUUUGCACUUAGUAACAAAAUGAAGGCUUUCAGUGCAGCACUUGCAGCACUGCUUCUGAGUCUUUCCAUCACCUUGCAGUAUGCUUUAGCUGUGAGUCCUGCACACUGUAAUGCAGUUGAGCCUAUGGCAGGGAAAGUCCUAGACCUGAUCAAUAAAGGACGACGGAAUGGCUACAUUUUCGAGUUGCUGCGAGUCGCUGAUGCCCACUUGGACAAAGGGGAAUCUUCAACAGUCUACUAUUUAGUUUUAGAUGUGAUAGAAUCUGAUUGUUCCGUCCUAUCGAGGAAAUCUGGGGGUGACUGUGAGCCAAAUUUUUCUAGACAUCCAUCUCAUACUGUGAUCGGACAAUGUAAGGUAAUAGCAAAACACUGGAAUGAAUCUCAGUAUCUACACAUAAAGGACUUUAACUGCACCACAAGUUCUGUCUCUACAGCACUGAGCAAUACCAAAGACAGUCCUGUACUCAUUGAUUUCUUUGAGGAUACUGGGUCCUACAGAAAACAAGCUGAAAAGGCCCUUGAAAAGUACAAAGAGAAGAAUGCUGAGUUUGCCUCAGUCAAAGUGGACCAAAUGGAGAGAGUUUCAAGAGUGAGAGGAGGGGAAAGAACUAAUUACUACUUUGACUUCUCUGUAAGAAACUGCUCUGCUUACCACUUUCCCAGGCACCCCAAUGUUUUUGGAUUCUGCAGAGCAUAUUUUUCCUACACUGUAGAAACUUCUGACUUGGAAACUCCAAAUGAUAUUUUCAUAAAUUGUGAAAUAUUCAACACUGAGGAACAUAGAAACAUAAGCGGUGUACAUCCAAAUUUGGAUCACUACCCCGCUGGUAGGCAUGAACAUUCUAAUGAAACAUCUCCAUUUAGACACAAGGGAUCCAGAAACCACCAUCAUUCCCACAAGACACAUAAGUUUGAAUGCCCACCUCCUGCAGAAGUUAAAAGUUACCCAGAGGGGCCACCAGGUCAAACAGAAACCCCUCCACCAUUGUACCCUUCAAAACCAAAAUGUCAUCACCUCCAUUUUCACAAUAAUGGGUCCCGGCCACCUCUUAGACCUAGUUCAAAUAAACACCAUCCCCAUAGACACCAUCCCCAUGGACACCAUCCUCAUGGUCAAGCCCAUGGACACCAUUUUCAUGGACACCAUCCUCACAGACACCAUCCUCAUGGACACCAUCCUCACAGACACCCUCCUCAUGGACACCACCCCCCUGGCCAUGAUUUUCAUGAUUAUGGACCCUGUGACCCACUACCCCAUAGGCAAGAUCCCAAAGAUGACCAUCAUCAUGGUCAUGACCCACCAACAAAGAAUUCAGAGGAAAGAAGUCCAUGUAGAAGAAACUUUCCUUUCCCAAGAAGCCCCUUUGGACAUGUUUACCGACUCCCACCACUGGAAAAAGGAGAAGUUCUUCCCCUUCCUGAAGCCAAUUUUCCCGUCUUCUCGUUGCCAUGUCCCAAUUCCCCAGAGCCAGAGCUUCAUCCCUUCCCUCAGUCAGCCUCUGAGUCAUGCCCAGGGAAGAGUAACGAUGACUUUCCCCGAGUUUCUAAGUUUUUUAGAGACUCAAAAUAAAAUCCAAUUUGCUUCAUGAAGAACAUGAAAUAAUCCCUUGAAUUAAAACUAUAAAUAAAAUAUGACCUGUAAAAUGCAAA